AUGACUUUUCAAACGAUAUUGAAACGUACUCGUUCUUGCGUUUUUAUCGACUCAAGUAAUCCAAACAUACACAAUCGAGUUAUUGACGGCUCUCAACCUAUGAUAACCCUUCCCUUCCCCCCUCUCAUUGAUCCAAAUGAUUUAGUCGUUAAAUCUAGGGAUGGUAAAAUUCCGGCUCGUGUCCCAAAUGCGUUCAUAAUUUAUCGUAAAGUCUAUAUUGAAACCGCUAGAUCUCAGGGGUACAUCUUACCAAUGACGGUCAUCUCUUCGAUCGCCUCUCGAUCCUGGGAACGAGAGAGCGAAAUUGUAAAAGCGGAAUAUAAAAGAUUAGCCAAAGAAGCUUUUGACGUUCGUAAUGAAAUGUUACCCAAAGCAAAUCGUAAAAGGAAGAGGGAGAAAUGGAACAUCGUCUCUUUUAAGAAAUCAGCUGAACUUCGUAAAAGUCCCGCGCUUAAAGCUCAAAAAAAACCUGUCAGAAAAGCUCCGAUACAAACUCCUCAAUUCCCUUCUCCAAUAUCUUCACCGGAACCUCAAUUCGAUAAUCCUAGUCCGGUGAUUUCGCAAAAUGAAAUUAUAGGUCCGCAAUUUAACCUUGAUUUCGUUCAAUGUAUGUUUCCAAGUCCCGAAAUCCCCGAGGGAAUGAUUAUAAACAACCGAUCAAGUCCGGAUUCUUCGAUUAUUAGCUCUCCGGAAAUAAAUGAUCAUUCUUAUUCCGAAUCAUAUUAUCACAAUUCAAAUGAAAUUCAGGAAGAAGGAUCAUUUAAUUUAACAGCCCGUGCCAAUAAUUAUCUUCAAACCGAACAUCAUUUAAUUGAUUAUAGCGAGGACAUUGUCAGUUUCAACGAAUUCAUAGUUGAUCCGGAAUAUCUAGACAUGUCUAUCUACUCGGGGAAUUAUAUUGAUACUGAACCAUCUUCUGGGUUGGGUUUUGAUUUUUCUUAUUAUCUUUAA